AUGUCUUCACCGGCCAGUCGGAGGGGUCGCUCCGCAAAGAAAGGGACCGCAUCGCCUGCCUCGUCCGCUCGUGAGCCUCCCAGCAGCCCAAGUCAACAACAGACUACCCCCCGCGCCGCCCGACGCCUUGCUGCCGAACGAGCUGUCCCAUCAUCAUCCCCAAUGUUCUUCCAAUCAUCACCUACCAGGUCAAACAGAGGCGCUGAAACUCCCGAUGUCCGCAUGGCCGAGGCUAGUUCGACAGUCGAUGAUGGCGAGAGGACACCAAGGGCCAACAAUGGCGGUAUUAGAGACUCUUCCCCCAUCAAUUAUAUCCCCAGCUCCUCCCCGACCCGGGGCUUCGCCCGCAACGAUAUUCGUUCCGACAUCCGCUCAGAUGCCAACACGGCUUGUUUGUCUCCCCAAACCGCCAAGGUCGCACAGGACCCCCGUCGUAGUGACCUCCACUCGGGCGUAUUUGGAUCGACUCCUGCCCGCCGAGCCAGACUUUUCGUUGACGCCAAUGGCAUGCCCUCUGGUGAUAAUGUGGCCCGAUCGGAUGCCACUUUCUCAAACAUCAACCCCGGAACUUCUGAGGCGGAGGCGAUGGCUGGUAACUCCUCGCGCGUCAUUUGGGGUACCAACAUUUCGAUCCAGGACUCCAUGUCUGCUUUCAAGAACUUCCUCUACAAUUUCGCUACCAAGUACCGUUUGUGGGCAGAUGGUGCCUCAGAGAACGAAACCCGAUUCCUUGGAGAUGCCGCUGAGAAGCGCGAGUAUAUUACCAUGCUUAACGAUAUGCGCCGACUUGGUAUGACAACUUUCAACUUGGAUGCUCGCAACCUGAAGUCAUACCCCCUGACCCAGAAGUUAUGGCACCAAUUGCUUGCGUACCCUCAGGAAAUUAUUCCGUUGAUGGAUCAGACCGUGAAGGAUGUUAUGGUGGACUUGGCUCUGAAGGAAAUGGACGUCCUGCGUUCUGAGAACCAGCGUGGUAUUCCAUCCCGUGAUCGUCGUGGCCAGUCUAUUCUUACAUCGGAUGGUGUUGCUCCCAACACGGAAGUACCCGACCUCGUGGGUGAAGUUGAGGCUAUGGCAUACAAGGUGCUUCCAUUCGGACUUGACAAGACUGUGAACAUGAGAGAUCUCGACCCAGCUGAUAUGGAUAAAUUGGUUAGCAUAAAGGGUCUCGUCAUCCGUACCACCCCUAUCAUUCCGGAUAUGAAGGAAGCAUUCUUCCGCUGCCACGUCUGCAGCUACGGUGUUCAGGUUGACAUUGACCGUGGCCGCAUCGCUGAGCCUACUGUUUGCCCGCGCGAUUCGUGCAAGGAGAAGAAUUCUAUGCAACUCAUCCACAACCGUUGCUCAUUUUCCGACAAACAAGUCAUUAAGCUACAAGAAACCCCCGACAACGUCCCCGAUGGCCAGACACCUCACUCAGUGUCUCUCUGCGUCUACGAUGAACUGGUCGACAUUUGCAAGGCUGGUGACCGCGUCGAGGUGACUGGUAUCUUCCGUUGCAACCCCAUGCGAGUGAGCGCCCGCCAGCGUUCUCAGAAGGCUCUUUUCAAGACCUACGUGGAUGUUCUGCAUGUGCAAAAGGUCGAUAAGAAGAAGAUGGGCAUCGAUGUGUCCACCGUUGAGCAGGAAAUGUCCGAGCAGGCAGCUGAAGCUGACCAAGCCCGCAAGAUCUCCGCGGAGGAGGAGGAGAAGAUCAAGCGCACUGCCUCGCGCCCUGAUCUUUACGAACUACUUUCUCGCUCUCUCGCACCGAGUAUCUAUGAGAUGGACGAUGUGAAGAAGGGUAUCUUGUUGCAGAUGUUUGGCGGUACCAACAAGACUUUCCAGAAGGGUGGUAACCCCCGGUACCGUGGAGAUAUCAACAUUCUCCUCUGUGGUGACCCAUCUACCGCCAAAUCUCAACUGCUGCGCUACGUUCACAAGAUCGCGCCGCGUGGUGUUUAUACCAGCGGUAAGGGUUCUUCAGCAGUCGGUCUGACAGCCUACGUGACUCGCGAUCCCGAAACCAAGCAGAUGGUUCUCGAGUCUGGUGCUUUGGUUUUGUCCGAUGGCGGUACUUGCUGUAUUGAUGAGUUCGACAAGAUGAACGAAGCCACCCGCUCCGUCCUUCACGAAGUCAUGGAACAACAGACUGUGUCCAUCGCCAAGGCCGGUAUCAUCACCACCCUCAACGCUCGCACAUCCAUUCUGGCUUCCGCCAACCCAAUCGGCAGUCGCUACAACCCCCGUCUUCCCGUGCCUCAGAACAUCGACCUCCCCCCAACCCUGCUCUCCCGUUUCGACCUGGUCUACCUGGUUCUCGACCGUGUCGACGAAACCGAGGAUCGCCGCAUGGCGAAGCACUUGGUUAACAUGUAUCUCGAAGAUACCCCCGACAACGCCAGCUCGCAGGAGAUUCUGCCAGUCGAGUUCCUCACAGCCUAUAUCACCUACGCGAAGACUCAGGUUCACCCCGUCCUGACCCCGGCCGCGGGUACCGCCCUCGCAGACGCCUACGUUGCCAUGCGCCAACUGGGUGAUGACAUCCGGGCCACGGAGCGCCGCAUCACCGCCACGACCCGUCAACUGGAGUCGAUGAUCCGUCUGUCUGAAGCACACGCCCGUAUGCGCCUCUCUCCCGAGGUGACGGCAGGCGAUGUCGACGAAGCCGUGCGACUGAUUCGCUCGGCCAUCAAGCAGGCUGCGACAGACGCGCGCACGGGUCUGAUCGACAUGGGUCUUCUCACAGAGGGUACCAGUGCCAGCGAGCGACGCAUGCGCGAGGAUCUCAAGAAGGCAGUGCUCGCUCGAAUUGACGACCGCGGUGGGGUUGGUGGUGCAGCCGUUCGCUGGACUGACUUGUUCCGCGACAUGGGUGAACAGAGCGAUGUGCCUAUAGACCACAACCAGUUUGGUGAUGCGGUGCGAUCCCUGGAACAAGAGGGUGCCGUACACGUCUCUGGAGAAGGCCCACGCCGAAGUAUUCGCCGGGCGGCCAUGGGGUUGUCUUAA